AUGGCGCAGCAGCCAGCGAAGCGUCGAAAAGUAGCGGCACAAGAGCUCGACGUCGAAGGCGAUGACGACUGGCAGAGCGACGAGCUCUCGUCCCUCGGUGGCUCGGACGAUGACCAAGACUCGGAUUCAGGGUCGAAUUCCGGCUCCGACGACGACGACGAUGACGAAGACGAUGUGAUCGACAUGCUGAAAGAGCCUCAUAGCAAAACCAAAGGCAAGGGCAAACAGAGAGCCACUCCAUCUAGCACAGGCAUCGAAGUGGUCAUCCCACUCGCAGGACCGGGUCAAGAAGCGCCACCCAAACGAGGACGGGGUCGACCAAAGAGCGAGCCCGCCGCCAAGGAGCCCAAGAAGCGAGGUCGACCGCGCAAGUAUGCGCCCGGUGAGAAGCGUCCGCGGCGGUCCAGACGCAAACUCAACGAGGAUGGCUCGUUCAAGAAGCGCGGCCGGCCGAAAAAGGUGGUUGACCCCGAAGCUGUCCUGAUGAAGGUGCCCAAACGAAGAGGGAGGCCGCCUAAACCAGAGGGAGAGAAAGCAGCCGAGGGCAAAGAUGGUAGCAAGCGCAAGAGGAAGCGCGAGUUUGAUUUGCUCGCAGGACUCGAUCUGGAAUUUGACGAUGAGAAUGGUGCGGGCAUUGUUCCUGGAACGGGAGAUGACGACGACGACGACGAAUGGCAGGACGAGAACGACUCGCCAAGAAAGCAGGACGACAUCUUGGCGCGACUCAGGAGAAGGAUCCUGUAUAGGCAGCAAGAUGCCGAGCUGGCCGAUUUUGUCGAGAGUCUUGGACCUGACGGCGAGUCUAAACCAAGGCCACUCAAAAUCGAAGACAAUGGCGCCACAGGUUUGGGGACCGAAGAAAGGCUGGAUGAAGGCCCGCGUCCCCGCCUCCCGCAGCGCGACGAUUGGCCCGUCUCUGACGUUCCAUCAUCGGAAAAGCGCAAAGAACGACAACCUUUCGAGCCAGCAGCAUCGGACCGAGAUGUGCAGGGCAACGACGGGAUGUCGGCCUUGGCAGAAGCAGCAGCCUCUGCCGCUGCCGAGACAGACGAGCAAGCCAGGCUAGCAAACAAACCAAAGGGCCGACCGGUGGGAUCCAAGAAUCGACGUCCGGACUGGGAGAACAAUCCGCUUUUGGCGGCAACACGAGCACACACCAGCGCCGGACGUUCCACGACCAACGGUGUCGACCACAGCAGCUCGCUCUCGAUGUACGGCGCACCGUCUGCGGCUGCGACGAGCGCUACCGCUGCUCCGAACGGCUCAAGCCUCGUCAAGCCCACGUCUUCGGACGCAUACUUUCUCUUCAACACGUCGAAACGCGCCCGUGGCCUGGCGGGGAUGGGCAUCGGCACGUCUUCCUCGCUCAUCUCAUCCAAACUCCCGGCUCUCGACGCGCGCAACCUGGAGCGAGUGGUGGCACAGCACACGCGCACCGGAGCUUCGAUCUCGGACGUCGCGACACGCAUGUAUCGCCAUCUGCUCCCCGUCUACCUGGCGCAGCUCCUGGCUGGAUACUCGAUCAUCUUCCAUGGAGUGGGAAGCAAGACCAAGCUGCUGACCGAGCUCGUGGCGAAGCGGAUCGAGGCCGAGGGCGAUGCGGUGGGUGUGGUGGCUCAGGGGGCCAUGAAGGGGUUCAAAGUGGAGGACAUGCUGGCGGAGGUGGAACGGGCGGUGGGGUUGGGCCCGUUGACGCUCAGUGCGAAUGCGGCGGCAAGGGUGGGGGACGAAAACGGUCAAGCAGCGACGGUGGUGCCAACGCUAACGGCAGCGAGGGCAGAGCGCAUUGUGAGACGCUUUUCGAGGGCAGACGUUGCGGGACCAACCAAGCUGUUUCUGAUCCUGGAAACCGUGGAUGCACCCGGAAUGCAGUCGCUGCGCUUCAAGAGCGUGUUGGAGACGCUGGCCAAGUCGAGCAACAUCCACAUCAUGGCUACGACCGAACACGUGAAUUCCGGAUUUAUCGCCUCGACGACUGGACAGCAUGCGUCCGCAGCCGCUGAGGCAGAUGCAGAACGGAACGGCGGUGCGCUCGACUACGACGCCAGCAGCGUAGUCGAUGGUGAAGCUGACCCGGCGAGCCGGACGAGCGGACGGUUGUGUUGGAUCUGGCAGAACAUGUCGACGUUCGCGCCUAGUCUGGACGAGAUGCUCAUCAUGCGAUCCAACCCCGCGUUUGCAUCGUGGAUGCCUGCGUUGCCGCCGUCGCUCGACCUUAUUGGCUCAGCUGCUUCGCUCAGCUCUCGACACACGCAACCCGUCGGCUCUGCUCCUGCCACAAAUGGCGCAGACGGCUCUGGCGUGGCCUUCUACAACGGUCUCCAAGUCUCCGACACGUUCCGCACGGUCUCUGAAGCGUCGGCGAUCUCGAUCCUCAAGUCGGUCACCACCAAAGCAAGGGCUCUGUUCAACUUGCUCGCCAAGCAGUCGCUAGCCGGCAGCAGCAAUAGCACCAGCAACGGGGAUGCCGGAGGAGGAGUAGGGGGCGUGGCGUAUGCCGACCUGCUCAACAGAGCCAAGCGGUCGUUUUUGGUGUCAAACGAGGCAGACUUCAAGUCGCUGCUGAUCGAGUUCAAGGAUCACCAUUUGUGUCAUAUCAGCAAGCAGGGGGUCAUCUCGAUCGGAUUGGCGGACGCCAAGGUGUUGCAGGCUGUACUGGAUAAGUUGAAGUCGAUCUAA